GGGCCAAGGCUGGGCUGGCGCCGGCGCCGGCGUCGGAACUCGCUGGAAGACUCGGCUCCAGGUUGCUCAACAGUUCGCAAAGUCCGAUCUCGCGGCGGCGCGGCUCCGUCUGCGCCCAGGUGGCGCAGGGGCGCGGGUACCCCGGGCUGCUACAUCCCGGGGCUGCCGGGGACAUGCUUCGCACCCCUGCCGGGCGAUCGCUUAGCUCCACUGGCUGCGACUCGGGGGUUCUGUUACUAUAUCGAUCCCCGCUCUAACUUCUGACUUUGGGGUCCCCCAGCCCUAGAGAAACGGGCGGCCCGGCUGGGGGAGCCCCGGGCGUGGUGUGACGGGGCGGUCCGCUUGGCUGCGCCCCGCACUCCGGCCGCCCGUCGUCUCUGCGCCUCCAGAAUGUAACUGCUGCCUCCGCGCCCCCGGCCUCCAGCCGCAGUCUCCGCGCCCUCCGGGAUCCAGCCACCAACACUGUCCCCCGGGAUUCCGUUGUGAUCUCCGCGACCUCAGGAUUCCAGUCGCCGUCUCUUCGUCCCCCGGGUUCCAGUUUCGCGACUCUGCCUUCCCUGGACUCUGGCACCGGUUUCCGCGACCCACCAGGAUCCAGCCACUGUUUCCGCCCCCCCCCAACCCAUACUCCAGCCGUCGUCCCCGAGCGCCCCUAAACCAGACUCCUCCAGCCGCUGCGCCUGCCCGCGUCUCCAGGGACUCAGCGCCGUCGCCUCGUACCCCGCCGCCCAGGCUCCAGCGGUGACCGCCGCGCUCCCGGGAUCCAGCUGUCGCGCCCGUGCCCGCGAGGGCAGCAGUAUCCCGCGGCGCGCCCUGAGUCUGGCCGGACCUCUGCGGGGAGAUGAACGCGCAGCUGGACGGCCUGUCGGUGAGCUCGUCCUCCACCGGCUCUCUGGGCUCGGGGGCCGCGGCCGGCGGCGGCGGGGGCGCAGGGCUGCGGCUGCUGUCUGCCAACGUGCGCCAGCUGCACCAGGCGCUGACCGCGCUGCUGAGCGAAGCCGAGCGGGAGCAGUUCACUCACUGCCUGAAUGCAUACCACGCGCGCCGCAACGUCUUCGACCUGGUGCGAACCCUGCGCGUCCUGCUGGACAGCCCGGUCAAGCGGCGCCUGCUGCCCAUGCUGCGUCUGGUCAUCCCGCGCUCGGAUCAGCUGCUCUUCGACCAGUACACGGCCGAGGGCCUCUACCUGCCUGCCAACGCCCCCUACAGGCAGCUCUCCUGGGGCGGCCCCGACGGCGUGGGUCCGGGCGAGGUGCGUCUGGUGAGCUUGCGGCGCGCCAAGGCCCACGAGGGCCUGGGCUUCAGCAUCCGCGGGGGAUCGGAGCACGGCGUGGGCAUCUACAUUUCCCUGGUGGAGCCAGGUUCCCUGGCCGAGAAGGAAGGGCUGCGGGUCGGGGACCAGAUUCUGCGUGUCAACGAUAAAUCCCUGGCCCGGGUGACACACGCGGAGGCUGUCAAGGCUCUGAAGGGCUCCAAGAAGCUGAUGCUGUCUGUAUACUCAGCGGGGUGCAUCCCCGGGGGCUACAUCACCAACCACAUCUACACCUGGGUGGACCCACAGGGCCGCAGCAUCUCUCCCCCCUCGGGCCUGCCCCAGCCCCAGGGCAGCACCCUGAGACAGCACGAGGGUGACCAGAGGAGUGGCCUGCACCUCCUGCAAGGCGGGGAUGAGAAAAAGGUAAACUUGGUGCUGGGGGAUGGCCGGUCCCUGGGCCUCACGAUCCGAGGAGGAGCUGAGUAUGGCCUUGGCAUUUACGUCACCGGCGUGGACCCUGGCUCAGAAGCAGAGAGCGGUGGGCUCAAGGUCGGGGACCAGAUUCUGGAGGCGAACGGGCGGCACUUUCUCAACAUCCUGCACGACGAGGCCGUAAAGCUGCUCAAGUCGUCUCGGCACCUCAUCCUGACCGUGAAAGACGUGGGGCGGCUGCCGCACGCACGCACUACCGUGGACGAGACCAAAUGGAUCGCCAGUUCCCGGAUCGCGGACGGCGCUGCGGGCUCUCCAGGGUUUUCGGGGGAUCUCACCACAGAAGGGACAAACAAGCUGGGAUUUUACAAGGGCCCUGCUGGCUCCCAGGUGACCCUGAGCAGCCUGGGGAACCAGACGCGUGUGCUGCUGGAGGAGCAGGCCCGGCACGUGCUGAACCGGCAGGAGCGUGCUACCAUGGCCUACUACCUGGACCAAUACCGUGGCAGCAGCAUCUCCGUGGAGGCCCUCGCCAUCGCCCUGUUCGAGCUCCUCAACACCCACGCCAAGUUCUCGCUCCUCUCUGAAGUGAGAGGCACCAUCUCCCCCCAAGACCUGGACUGCUUCGACCACCUGGUGCUGAGACGAGAGAUUGAGUCCAUGAAGGCAAGGCAGCCGCCAGGCGCUGGGGCAGGGGACACCUACUCCAUGGUUUCCUACAGCGACACGGGCUCAUCUACUGGAAGCCACGGCACCUCCACCACUGUCAGCUCGGCCAGGGAGCGGCUGCUGUGGCUUAUAGACCUGAUGGAGGGUGGUGCAGUCACUCCCGGACCACCAGCUGCUCAAAGAAGCAUCCAUGUCUGCAUCUCCCGUCCUUCGUGACCAGUACAGAGCCUGGUGUCCUAAUGCUUUUCAGCCAUCUCUUCUGUGGCCCUCCCAGGAGCUACAGGCAGCCAGUUCUGCUGCAGCCUCCAUUUUACAGAGAAGGAAACUAAAGCUCAGGGAGGACAAGUAACUCGACUAAGGUCACACAGCAAGGGAGAGGUGGAGCCAAGAUUGGGAACCCAGCCUGGUGGCCUCUGAGUGGUGCUGUGAGCCCUGCUGCCUGCUGUGGUUCUUCCUUGUUGGGCAUCACCUAGCCGUCCAUCUGUCUGUCUUGUCAUCUGUCGCCUCCCUUCCUCUUCCUCUUCUUUCCCUUCUGUUACAAAUGGUGUGUGAGUCCUGGACAUGUGCUAGGUGCUGGGAUACAGAGGGCAACAAGCAAAGUGGAACUCAGAAAGGAGCAGGAAUGGCAGGCAAGAGAGCUUCCAGGAAUGCAGCCCAUGGUAGCCUCUGCAGGCACUGGGUCCUCCUGUACCUGGGCAGUGACACUGGUGUCUCCCAGGGCCCCUCCAACUGCCACCCCCACACCCUGUACUCCCAGGGCACCUGCUCAUGGGGCCACAGCACAGAUGCCCCCCCCCCCAGGAGCCCCUCCUGCAGCUCACCUGGCCUUGGGAGUCCAGAGCCUCCUGUCCUGGUCUGCUCUGUCCCACAGCACAGUAUAUACCCUCAAUAAAGCCUCCCACCUUGCCUCAGUCUCCCCAUCUGCACAACCAAGGCAAGUCCCAGGAUUCCUUCAAUUCCGAGUCUUCUCUGUGUCGAAAGGUGCUGGAAAAUAUUUAGGGUGGGACAGCAAAGAAUGGCAGCUGUGCCCUGUGAACUCUGUCCAUGUGAACCAGGGCUGCAGCAUUCCCCCAAGGAGAGAAAGAGGCAGAAAGGACACUCAUUUCCCACUGAGUGCCAGGUGCUGGUCUGCAGCCCUACCAAAUCUUUCUGAGCUUGGGCUGCCAUAAUGCCAAGUAACAAACAGCCCCAAGUCUCAGCAGAUCACAGCCGAACACCUUGCUUUCUGAUGACCCAGGUCCCUUUCCUCUUAUCUCACUCGGGUUCCCUGUCUCCACUAAAGCACUCACCACCUGGUUUUACCUUCAACCUCAGUUUCUCUCUGCGCUAAUGAGGGAGAGCCUGUGGGCUACAAGAGGAAGUAUCGGUUUCCUGUCUGCAUCCUCGGUGCUGGCCCUGUGCCUGGCACCCAGAGGAGCCCAGGAAAUGUCGAAGAGAAACUAAAUUGAAGCCACACCCCCAGGCACCUGCAGGGUUAUCUUCAACAUUCCCCUCUUAUGUCAGAGAAUAGACCCUUUGCUCUGCCAUUCAGAUGCACAGGUGGCAUCAGGCACCCAGCUCCAGUGACCCAGAUGCCCAUAUGUUGCUCCAGAUGGAACCAGUUUCCAUUUAGCCCCAGUUUCUUGGCUCUGUGCUGUGAUCAGUCCCAGGUUCAACGUGACUCGCUCUGCAGCCAUGUCCCCUCAGUGCAGAGGUAGUCAGUCAGAGGAAAUCUAAUGCCCCCGCAGACAGACCACGCUUGCUGUCCAUUGUCUAACUGAGAGUCAGCCUUGAGCAUUUUUGGCUGCCUUCGAGCAAUUUCAUUUUCCCCCAUAAAGAUGUUGGCUGGGAGAGCAGAGUGAGAAAAGGCUGGAGGAGUUUCUGGAAUUCUUCAUCUAGUACAAGCGGACCAGUGACAGAGGGGCUUCGCCACACGGGCUUUGGAGUUUAACCAACUGGGUUUGGCUCCAGACCAGUAGCUGGGUCACCUUGGGCAGGUGACGUGAGCCUUCUGAACCUCAGUUUCUGUAUCUGUGUGUAGGCCGGGGAGACCAGGUGUCUGAGUUGUUCAGCAAGAGCAGGUGGAUGUGCAGGUGUGAACCAUGCACAAUUGUGUUGCAUGUCUAAAGCCAGGGGGCCACUUCAGA